CACUGAUGCACACUGAUAGGCAGCACUGACAGGCACUGAUAGGUGGCACUGAUUGGCAGCACUGAUAGGUGGCACUGACUGGCAUUGAUAGAUGGCACUGACUGGCACUGAUGGGUGACACUGAAAGGCAUCUCAGAUGGGCACUGAUAUGUGGUAUUGAUGUGGCACUGAUGGGCACUGACAGGUGGCACUGCUGGGGCUACACAGAUCAUCAGAGCACACUGAUCAUCACUGUCAGCGUGACAGCUCGUGAGGAGAGAAAUGCCGAUAACCGGCAUUUCUGUUUGCAUGUGAUCAGCUGUGAU